AGUUGUGAAAUGAAUAAUAAUUAAUAAGUAUUAUUCAUUCUUUGAUGAUGUGUCGUUCAGUAUUUCUUUUAUUAAUAUAUUUUUCCACUACAUCCCUACAAAAUGACAUCAAGGGCUUUGAUGAUUCAAUACUAUUCAGUUUAAAUUGGCCAGGAGAACUUACUGAGGAUAUUAAUCUUUCUGAAGAAUCUAUCCUAGUAACCUCGGCUCACCAAGAAAAGUACAAGUGUUUCUUACCUACUAUAACAGAGGAAGAUACUAAACUACAAGAAAAAUAUGAAGGACCCACUGCAUUAGAGCUCAUCUCACCACUUUUCACUGAAACCAGUUGCUCAUUUCGACUUGAAUCCUACUGGACAUAUGAAGUCUGUCAUGGUAGAUAUAUAAGGCAGUAUCAUGAAGACAGGGAAGGUAAAACAAUAAGAAUACAGGAGUAUAUACUGGGUAAAUGGGAUGACCACUAUUUUGAGAAUUUGCUUCUGAAUGCUAAAGAUGACAUACCUGAUAAAGAAACUAGCACCCCUAUGAAAAAAAUUGAUAAUGUGAACCUACCCUAUUAUGAAAUUGUUAUGGGCAAUGGCACCCUCUGUGAAUUGAACAACAACAAGCCACGUCUGACUAAAGUUCUCUAUGUCUGUUACAUCCAUGGUAAACAUGAGGUGUAUUCAUUGAAAGAAACAUCAACUUGUGUUUAUGAAAUAAUAAUUCUAUCACCUUUGCUUUGUACUCAUCCCAGUUACAGACCAAAGGAGAGUGGAGAAAAUAAAAUAAACUGUGUACCUAUAGAUGGGAGCUACAAAAUGCCUUAUAGCCUUGCCAAAUUAGCUCAUGAUUCUCAAUCCCUGAGAAAAAAGUAUGAUUCAGAUCGAUUCAGAGUGGAACUCAUCAAAUUGAAGGAAGAUGAACCAAUCAGCCCAAUAGAGAGAAUAAUGCCCCUUGUUGAUAAAUCACCAGUAGAGAGUUUCCUAAGAGGCAAAAACUGCCUGACAGGUGGCACUGGUUGGUGGAAAUUCCAGUUUUGUUAUGGAGAGUCUGUAGAGCAGUACCAUGUUGAUAAGGAUGGUAAGAAGAUAUCCAUCAAUUUGGGUGUGUUUGAUAGGAAAGCCCAUCUUGAUUGGAUCAAGCAGAAUCCUCAUAAAAGACCAAAACCAAUCUCUCAACGAAAACAGCUGUCUCAUUUCUACUCAGGAGGGUCAGUUUGUGACAAAACAGGGAAAGCAAGGCAAACAGAGGUUAAAUUGAAGUGUUUGCCAAAUCCUUCCAGCCCCAAUGCAGUCUCCUUAUAUUUGUUGGAGCCUAAAUAUUGUCAGUAUAUCCUAGGUGUGGAGUCUCCCUUAAUUUGUGACAUUUUAGCAAGGGCUGAUGAAGAUGGAUUGGUUGCAGUGGAUGAAAAUGAAAUUCCUAAUAGUGACAGUAGUACAACUGUGAACAUUAGACUAUAGGUCAAAAAUUGAGGUAUUACCUAACAACUUUUUGUAAAUAAAUAUUGUUUUGUUGUUGUUUUGUUUUGAAAUAUGUCCCAUAAGUAUUUAUAACAAAAUGGAAUCAUGUGAGAAUGACUAGGUACUUGAAAUAAAUUCAAGUUACUG